ACAAAACCUCAAGAACAGAUCAGCAGUAUAACAGCAUUACAGGAAACAUAACCUGAUUUUGUGUGGCUGCAUCACCUAGUUUGGCCUAUCACGUCCACCAUUACCCACACAAGCACUCACACCUACAAGAGGAUGGAGGUUUGGAUCCUGCUGAUAUUUAUUCAUCAAGGAUACUCACUGACUUCUGUGACCAGAGGUAAGGUUGGGGAAGCUGUGACCUUCACAUGCCAGUUUUCUGAUGUGGAGAACACCAGAAUCAAGUGGUACAAACAGGCUGUUGGGGAUACGCUUAAAUUAAUAACAGUUCUGAUGAAAGGCACUGUUGAGCCAACGUUUGAAGAAGGCAUUUCUCCCUCACGAUUUAAUGCUACCUAUACUACAGUAAAGUCCACAAUGACCAUUCUGAAGACCGUUAAAGAGGAUGAAGCCUUUUAUCACUGUGCCAUCUCCACCUGGAAGAUGGAUUACUGGACUGGGACCUUUUUGUCUUUAAAGGAGAAAAGUUCAAAAACUGUGAACUACACGGUUGUUCAGUUGCCGAGGGUGGUUGAUCCAGUUCAGCCAGGAGACUCUGUGACUCUCCAGUGUUCAAUCAUCUCAGAUUCUCAGACCUCAUCCUGUCCAAGUGAACACUGUGUGUCCUGGUUUGGAGUUAGAAAAGACACAAUUCUUGAAAACAUCCUCUUUACCCAUAAAAACGGAUUUCAAGAAUGUGAUAGCAAAGCUGAAGAAUCAUCUUCUACAAUGAGCUGUAUUUAUCACCUCUCAAUGAAUGUCAGCUCCUCCGACAGUGGGACCUACUACUGUGCUUUGGUUACUUGUGGGGAAGUUAUAUUUGGAAAUGGAGAAAAGCUUCAAAUUGAAGAAUCUGGCGGGACUCUUUCUCUGAUGUGGAUUGUCUUGGCUGUGGGUGUGCUAGUGUGCCUUCUUGUCCUGAUCAAGCAAAGGCCAGACUCUUGCAAUGCUGCACAGCGUAAACAACGAAUUGUUGAGAAAUGGAAUCUAAAGAGAGAAGAAACACAAAUGUACUCUACUGCCAUCUUUACGAAGAUGUCAAAUGCAAGGGACAAAGAGACGAUGGCUUUUGGAGUGGAAUAGCAAGUCAGUAACUGGGCUUUUUGUUCAGUGGACUGCUGUUAUAAACUGCUUUUAUGGUCAUGUUGCUCUCUUAAAGACAAAGGCACAAAAGUCUUAAAUACUCUUCAGAUACAGAAAACCUGAAGUACCACUUCCCCAGGGCAGCUGUAGCUACAUAGCAGCUCAUCAUCACCAGUGUGUGAAUGGAUGAAUGAUACAUUGUAGUGUAAAGCACUUUGGAGUUCUCUGACUCCGAAAGGCGCUAAACAAGUGCGGGGCAUUCGUGAGUGUCCACCCUGAGACUGGGGAAUCAUGGGUUCAUUUCCACAGUCAGGUCAUACCAAAGACCAAAUGCCUCCCUUCUUGACACUCAGCAUUAAGGGGUUCAACUGGGGGCUUAAACCACCGAAUGGUUCCUGAGCACAGCCGUGUCUGCAGCUCACCGCUCCCACAGGGAACAGGUCAAAUGCAAAUUACAAAUUUUGCACACAUGUCAAUGUGUGUGACACCUAAUGGGACUUUGACUUUUUCCUGUUUUUUGUCAAAGGUCUUUUAAGUCACAAUACCUAUAUUACCCUGGUCGUGUGUGUUGAUUUAGGGUGAAGGUCAAUAGAAUAAAUGUCCUAUUGUUUGGUCACAAUCUCAGUAUCUGAAAUAAAUUAUUUUGAACACUUUUUAGUUGUGUUUGACUUACAUGCACACACUUUU